AUGAGCGCUACAUCUUCCCUAAGGGCUGAUCUUUACAAUGCUCCUGCCAUUCCAACCAGCAAACACUUGCCAGAUGGCUCGAUCGGUCUCUGGCAGCCCACGGUAGUGACUCUCAUCUCGGGCAAAUCCGAAGCUGUCCUCGUCGAUACUCUCUUCACCUCCGAGCAAGGCAUCUCCCUUGGCGACUGGAUCCAGGAGACGCUGAACGGCAAGAAACUGUCAACCAUCUACAUCACUCACGGCCAUGGCGACCAUUGGUUCAAUCUCCAUUACCUGAUCAAGCGGUUUCCUGGAGUUGAGGUCGUUUCAACUCAGGAUUCGAUCGACCACAUGUCUACUCAGCUAACGCCCGAAUACCGCGCUUUGUGGCACGACCUCUUUCCAGACCAAAUCGAAGAAGAGUCUUUUGGGAUUGUAGCGAAGCCUUUGAAGGAUAACAAAUUUACUCUCGAGGGCCACACCUUUGAGGCGGUCAAUGCUGGACAUUCUGACAUGGACGCAACGACGUUUCUCUACGUUCCUUCGCUCAAUUUGGCGGUUGCUGGCGACAUUGUCUACAAUGACGUUCACAUGUGGAUGGCCGAGUCUCCCUCUGAGAAAGAUCGAGAUGCCUGGAUCGAGUGUCUCAAUAAGCUGGAAUCUUACAACCCCGCCAUCGUCAUUGGCUCUCAUCACCGACCUGGUGGUGUUGAUGGGGCCUUCAACAUUGCGGCUUCGAGGGAGUACAUCAGAACGUUUAGCAGACUUGUGAAAGAGUCCGAGUCAGCCAAGCAGCUGUAUGACAGCAUGCUUCGCGCUUAUCCGGACCGGAUUGGGAAGCUCGUCUUGUGGUUGGGAUGCCAGGCUCAGUUCCCUUGA